GGUUAGGAACGCCUUGGGAAAGCGCCAAGCAGCUCCACCUCCCGGGAAGGCGGCUCUGGGCGGGGAGAGGAGUGGCAGGCAGGCCUGAGCCGUCCGGGAGGAGCUGUCCAGAGAGCAAGGGCCAGGCUGGGGCGGUCAUGCGGAGCCAGAGAUGGGCUGCCUCCUACCUCGGGCCCCCUGCCUGCUCCCCGGAGGUGUCCAGUUACGGCCAGCUCGGCGCUUCCCGGUCACGCCACAUUUAGCAUUGCCGAGCCAGGACUGGGUGAUGGUGUCACUACUCCCGCCGCAGUCUGACGUCACACUACCGGGCCCCACCAGGCUGGAAGGGGAGCCGCAAAGGGACCUGAUGCAGGCUCCGGGCCUCCCUGGCUCCCCUGCCCCACAGAGCAAGCAUGCCAGCUUCAGCUGCUCGUCAUUUGUGCCCGAAGGCCCUCCCGAGAGGGCACCCUCAUUGCCCCCACACAGCCCGAGCAUUGCAUCACCAGGUCCUGAGCAGGUCCAGGUUCACUGCCCAGCUGGCUCUGGCCUGGGGCCCUUCCGGCUCUCACCCUCAGACAAGUAUCCCGGCUUCAGUUUUGAGGAAGGCACAGCAAGCAACCCUGGGCGCUUCCUCAAGGGCAACCACGUGCCUUUCCACCCAUACAAGCGGCAUUUCCACGAAGACAUCUUCGCAGAGGCCCAGACUGCCCUGGCCCUUGAUGGACAUUCUUUUAAGACCCCGGGGACCCUGGAGGCCUUUGAGGAGAUCCCUGUGGAUGUGGGGGAGACUGAGGCCUUCACGCCUGGCUUUGCGGCAGAGGCCUGGUGCAACGGACUCCCUUACCCCAGCCAGGAGCAGGGUCAAGUCCUGCAGGGGUCAGAGGUCAAGAUCAAGCCCCCAGCUCUGGAGAGUGGUCCUGGAAUGUACUGCUACCAGCCCCCUUUGCAGCACAUGUACUGCCCCUCCCAGCCACCCUUCCACCAGUACUCGCCAGCUGGUGGCAGCUACCCUGUUCCCUACCUGGGCUCCUCCCACUAUCCAUACCAGCGGAUUGCACCACAGGCCAGCACCGAUGGGCACCAGCCACUCUUCCCCAAACCCAUCUACUCUUACAGCAUCCUCAUCUUCAUGGCCCUUAAGAACAGUAAAACUGGAAGCCUUCCUGUGAGCGAGAUCUACAAUUUUAUGACAGAGCACUUCCCUUAUUUCAAGACAGCACCUGACGGCUGGAAGAAUUCCGUCCGCCACAACCUAUCCCUCAACAAGUGCUUUGAGAAGGUAGAGAACAAGUCUGGAAGUUCUUCUCGCAAGGGCUGCCUGUGGGCUCUCAAUCCCGCCAAGAUUGACAAGAUGCAGGAGGAGCUGCAGAAGUGGAAGAGGAAAGACCCCAUCGCUGUGCGCAAAAGCAUGGCCAAGCCAGAAGAGCUGGACAACCUCAUUGGAGACAAGAGGGAGAAGCUGGGUUCCCCACUGCUGGGCUGCCCGCCCCCUGGGAUGGGAGGCACAGGCCCCAUCAGGCCCUUGGCACCCCUACCUGGGCUCUCCCAGCCACUGCAUUCCAUCCAUCCAGCUCCAGGCCCCGUUCCUGGCAAGAACCCCCUGCAGGACCUACUUGGCGGUCACACACCCCCUUGCUAUGGGCAGACAUACCCACACCUCUCACCUAGCCUGGCCCCUCCUGGGCCCCCGCAGCAACCAUUGUUCCCGCAGCCAGAAGGGCACCUUGAGCUGCGUGCCCAGCCAGGCACCCCCCAGGACUCGCCUCUGCCUGCCCACACCCCACCCAGCAACGGUGCCAAGCUGCUGGCUGAGCCUUCCCCGGCCAGGACCAUGCCCGAUACCCUACUGCCAGACGGAGACCUUGGUACUGACCUGGAUGCCAUCAACCCCUCUCUCACUGACUUUGACUUCCAGGGAAACCUGUGGGAACAGCUGAAGGAUGACAGCUUGGCCCUCGACCCCCUGGUACUGGUGACCUCAUCCCCAACAUCAUCCUCCAUGCCGCCACCCCUGCCACCACCUCACUGCUUCCCUCCAGGGCCCUGUCUGGCAGAGACGGGCAGUGGGACAGGUGAAUUGGCACCACCAAGCAGUGGAAACUCUGCAGCCCUGGGAGACCUUCCCCUCACCACCCUCUACUCAGCCUUCAUGGAGCUGGAGCCCACGCCCCACACGGCCCCUGCUGGCCCUGCUGUGUACCUCAGCCCCAGCUCCAAGCCCAUGGCCCUGGCGUGAGCUAUGCCCAACAUCAGCUCCAGCCUUUGCUUGGUCUGGAAGUGCCAGCUGUCGCCCAUAUCGGGCUCACCUUAAAGGUCAAGGAAGGAAAAUACUACCUGUCCCCUAUGCCACUCAGCCAACUUGUGGGCUGGCGGCUGGGGUAUAGAGGAUGCCACCCAAGAUGCUGCCCCUCAUGCAUUUCUGUUGCCUGGUGGUCCUGCUCCUCACUCAGGGCCCCUUGGAGAGCAAGUGUCUGGGAAAGAAGCAAAUGCAUUCUCCAUAGGCCACGCUCGUCCACACUGCAGCUCUCAUGCACACACAGAUACAGUUGCUCAGACACACACCUGCCCACAUGCCUUACACACAGAGAAAUCCAUUCCACAGCUCGGAGAGCCUGACUUCAUUUCAGAGGUACCUGAGAGCGAAGGGCUUUGGUUACCAAAGCUCAGGACCCCAUACCAGGUCAAAGAUUCCCCUGGAGCCCUGUCCUAACUCCCACAUGCUCUGGCAGGCCUGGCCUUCUCCAGUCACGUUCUUUCCCAGAAGCCUCCCGUAUUUAUUCUCCUGUCUUCAUCUCAACAGCCCAGCAGGGAGAAGAUAGAAAGCUUCUCCCACGUUGCCUCUGGAGCCCGCUGUGCCAGGCUUCACCAGCCUCAGCAU